ACACGGAAACCCAUCUGCCCAACCCGUGCAUCCCCGGUGUUUUUUUGAACCAACAGCAGCAAACUGACAUUCCACCUUCUCUAUAGCCAAGUCCCGUACCAUGUCGGUUCGUCUCGUCUCCAUGGCGUUGACCGGAUACUUCCGAACAAUGAUCCGGCCCCGUACCCAUCGUCCCCUCAGCAUGCUCAAAUACGACCCCGUCGUGAAGAAGAAGGUGCUCUUCCUCGAGGCAACUAAGGGUGGAAGAGCAAAAUAAACGGAAACUAUCUUCUCUCGAUGUUAUUUAUACGGUGAAAAUAUGAUUUGGGGAAUAAGAAAAGCGCGGCUCGGAGCAACAAGUGCUACCUACAACCUCGAAUGUGCUAUACGAUUCAACACUGGUUCAUAAGUCACAAUCGACGAUGAGCGCAGCAGCCAACUUCGAGCCCGUUACUUCGGCGAAUGAUCAUGUACAUUAGACAGGAUAGCAGCGUUGGCAUUAUGGGGAACUUUAUGGCGUUCUAUCAUCAUUGCUAAGCUGCAUACCUUUUUCCGGCUUUGCUUUUUGGCGUUUAGAGCAGUACAAUCUGGGUCAAUCAUAAUGUUCCAUAUAUACUUCAGUUACGCUACU